AUGUUGUAUGCUCUAUUCAUCCCAUUUCCAAUUGACCAAGGCAAUUUCAACGCGAUGAAUAUAUAUAUUUAUCAGCCGAAUCGCCCGAUUGUUCAACAGAACCGUGGGGUUGUUCAACUACGUCAACAAAUACCACAACAGCAUCAUCAAACUCGAGCUGUGCAUAAUUUGAUGACACAAGCAGUACAACAGCAACGACAGCAAAGCAAGACAUUCCCUGAAUUAGUUGGCCGCCCUCCGCGAGUAGCUGCUACUUACGUUUCUGCACGAGGCUAUCAUCCUUUUGUUAUAACAGAAGAUGAACCAGUCACUAGAGACGUACGUAUGGAUCGUGUACGUAUCGUCGUCGAUCCCACUCGACAGUUUGUCAUUAAGCCACCGAUGGUUGGCUAA